UUUUUUUCUGCGGUCAUUUCAUGUGCAUUUGAUCGCUGUUUUUAUUUUAUUGUUUUUAUUUUUCAAAAUCUUAAUUAUAAUUAUAGACUUACAAAUCACCUCAUAUCAAGAAAUAUGUCAUCUCUCGAAACGAUCAAAGAUGAAGCUUCGGUUUCAGUUAUAAAGUUCCUGAAAGCGAAUGUCCCAAAGAGUGACCAUGAUAAAAUAGAAAAUGAGUUGAAGAAAGACUUUUUACUAGCUAAAAAAAGAAGUAAAGAGCAAAAGGUGAAACAGAAACGAAAAAAGUCUCAUAUCCUAACAAGGAAAGAGAAGAAAACCCUUGGUUUUUAUACUAUUCCAAGAAACAGUAUUAAGUAUAGUGAUGUGAUGCCUUUAAAUCACAUUUGGUCUGAUUAUAUCAGUCAAAUUACAGAGUUAGACAAGUUUACACCAGAUAGUGCUAGCAAAGGUUGGGAACAGUUUACACAAACUAUAUAUAAAGCCGAUUUUCAUGGCAGUAUGAUACAAGUUGUGCGUUCAAAGUGUCCUAGCUAUGUUGGUAAAAAAGGUAUAUGUAUUAUGGACACAAAAAACACCUUUAAGAUUGUAUCAAUAAACAAUCAAGUGACUACAUUACCUAAGAAAGACUGUGUUUUUGAAAUGUAUGUAAGAGAUAUAAAAAUAUGUGUUUUCGGUAAACAUUUGUGUGUUAGACCUGCAGAGCGAUCAACUAAGAAAGUGAAGAGCUGUUUGCAUCCUGACUUAUAAAUAAACUUCAUUAAGUAAAUAACUUUAAGUGUAGCACAUAACUCUCAGGGUUUACCUAAUAUCAUAUAU